AUGGCUCAUGCACUAAAUGACCCACACCUGGGCGCCGGCCCAUCCGAGGACUCUGAACUCUCUCAGAAUGAGUCUGAAACGGCGAGCUUGGUGUCUGAGGACUCUAUCAUGCCAGACUAUGAGAUGAGGCGGGGUGGAGGAGGCACCACCUCUACACUGUACGAGGCCUGUAACAGGAACGAGGCGCUAACCCUACAGAGGGUCCUGGAGAGGGGGGUUACUAAGGAAGAAGUCAUGGAGCUGGACAUCAACGGCAGGAAUGGCCUGAUGUUGGCUGUCUCCAGAGGCUACGUGGACAUCGUCUACGGUCUACACACGUGUCCACUGAUAGACAUCAACCAUCAGGACAACGAAGGCAGCACAGCAGUGAUGAUCGCUGCCCAGGCCGGCUACAUAUCCAUCCUCAACUUCAUCCUGAACUACUACCCUAAGGUAGACCUGGAGGUGAGGGACAUCAGAGGCUUCACUGCCCUCAUCAAGGCAGCCAUACAGGGCAGGGAGGACUGUGUGUCUUCCCUCAUAAUGGCCGGUGCUGAUAUCAACGUAGUGGACGAUGUCAAAGGGAAAAGCAUAACAGACUGGGCCCUGAAGACAAGUCGCUUCGAGGUCCUGCAGCGUCUCCGUCGCCUCCAGGCAUGUCCCAUCGCCGAACAGUUCUGCGAUGGCUACGUGAUGGAGUGGCCCGAGCUGAAGGAGUUGGUGGCUAAAGGUUUGAGAGACGAGAACCUGGAGGGUUGCUGGUUCAAAUCCCUGCUCCAACUGGGGAAAAUAUCCAUGGCCCCCAAGAACCUGACCCAGCGAUUGAAAGAUAGCUUGACCUUCAGCUUCCCCAACGACCCUCAGGACAAUGGGGUGUUGGAUCACAUGGUGAGGAUGACAACGUCCAUCCACAGUCCACUAGUCUCCAUGGGCUGCCGGCCACUCUGCCCCACCAGCCCCCCCGAGGUCGGGAAGCGGCGGCUGGCUGUGCCGGAGCUGAUGGAAAAGCACAGCAGCAAGGAACUGGAGGAGAGCUCCGUGUGUCAUAGUAACGGUGUGAAGUGUUCCUUCAAUCCGGCGCCGGCGUCGUCCUCCCUCUUGCUCGCCAACUGCUGCUCGGACACGAAGCGGAGGGGUAGUGUUCUCUCAACGACUGCAAACGGCGUCCAGAACUUCCUCCCCCAUUCCUUGGUGAAUCGGAACAGUGUCUUCCCGUACGGCUGCAUCCCCACGAUCACCUUCACUAAGUCUGCGGAAAAAACACCCAAGAAGGCGAAGAAGACAAAGAGGCACAAGGGCCACCUGGAGCCUCCAGUCUGGAAGUACAAAUCGGAUAAGCAGGAGAAGAAAAGGGAAAAGGAGAAAUUAGAGGAAGAGAAGGGAGUGCAAGAGAAGGCACUUGAGAAAUCUAAAAUGAAGGCAGCCAAGGUGGCGGCCAAUGCCAAGGAGCCCGCCAAGAGGGACGAGGGGACAGCUCCCCUGUGGUGGCCCCUUUCCGGGGCCAUCAUGGAAGCCCAGUUUCAGCCGUGCAGUGGUGUCUCCAAUAACACGGGUGGAAACUAG